GGCAGAUUUCCUAUGACUGACAGAUGAGAACUUCAUGACGCUGGUACAGGAUAAGAGGUCGCAAAAGGAAAUUCUAUGAAUGUAAAACCCAGGGAUGUCAUUCCGGCAUUGAAACUUGAAUCUGGACAUCACUCAACCUUCACCUUCCUCCUUCAAAUUCCUCUUCUAACCCCUCUACUUUGCAGUCAGCCUUCCAGGCUCUCCUGGCUUUCAGUCCACAGCCCACAAGCUGUGAUACACUACAAAAAUAGAGGAGUUGGAAGCAAUGCCUAGAAAAGCAAGCAUAACUCUAGGAGCUAGUUUCUGGUUGUGUCAGCAAGGCCAGACACUCCCAGACAAGCUAUGCUGCAAAAAGAUACGACAGAAAAAAUAUCCUUGCAACCUUCUUAGUGAUGGCUGGCAGACAUCCAGAGUCUUUGUGCAUGAGUGGAGCUAAGACAAAUUCUCUAGUCCCGUUUUGUUCAACUGAGAGAUGGCUUGGCUUGGUGCAGAGGGCUGGUGGGUGCAGAGGCCAGCAGAUAUCCUCCACAGAUGCAUCGGAGGUCACCCUCAGCUAGUUAACAGAAGACGUUAGUGAGUUAUCACAGGUUAGCAUAAUUUUCUCAGAAUUACAUCCCAGGCACACAGUGCACCUUCAGAAGUGCUUUUGUUCACUGACCCAAGUGUCCAUGGGUUUUCCUGCAUUGCUGUACACCACUGUAUGCAACUGUCUCUACACAGCGGCAUAUCUAGACUUCAGCUUUUCUUUGCAGAGUUUUGCUGUUUUUGCCUGUGCUGCAGGCUGGAAGCAUGUGCCUCACCAUGCAGAGAAAGCUUUCCUCACCCAACACAAAGCUCCUUAUUUACGUGGAUUUUGAUGUGCAAGGGGCAGCUGAUGCAGGGACAGGAGGAUCAGCGUGAGGCCUUCAGAUUCCUCCAGACACCAGUCACCUCUGACCUGACCACAGAGAGGAGGGAGGAGAACUAUCCUCUUGCUGCUGCCAAGAAUGACCCUGCCACUCCUGCCAAAAGCCCCAGCUGUCUGCUGCUCAGCUGCUGGAACAGCUUUCCCCUUGCAGCUCCUGAGAUCUUGCCUGCACUGGUGAGCUGGAGCAAAGGUGUGACUUCAGACGAGGGUAACUAAACUUACAAAUUUCUCAUCAAAGCAGGACUUCAGAAAAAGUUAGUUGUUUUUACAGGGCUGCUGACAAAUUUAUAGGCGUAGGUGAAAUUCUGGCUUGGUGGGCUGCAAGUGGGUACAGAAUUUAACCCAAAUGCUUAAAGCAUGCAAGGCACUGAAGAUAAAAGCUAGUCAGUGAUACACUGAUUUUAAUGUGAUCUGUUGUCACUGCAUGCAGAGAAUAUUACUCUUUUUUUUUUUUGUGGAAAUCAAUGAAAACCUUCACUUUUAUGUCUCCCUGAACUGCACGGUGUGCAGACUGGUGUUGCAUACAGAUAGAGGGAAAUGAGGUCUGCCCAGGACACACAGGAGAUUUACUCAGCCACUGUAUAAGGCAUGUCAUAGCUGAGCACUGCUGGGUUAAAAGUUAACAUAAACACAAGAGAUUUCUGCAAGACCCUUAGUGGAUAAGUUAUUGACUAAGAUAACAGACAAUAUACUGAUUGCAUGUACAGUACAGUGGCAAAGUGAUUUUAUACAGUACAUGUGGGGACUCUGGCUUAAAUUGAGGAUGAGAUAUUUAUUACUUGUACAGUUGUGCAAUAAAUUAUUGGCAAGUGGAAGCACAGAUGGCUUUCCCUUAAGAUCAGGCAUCACAUGCCACAGAUUAUCUGGGAAAUUGUCAUUUUAAAAAUAACUCUAGAACAAAUGCCAAGCUGAGAGGGAUACUGGUGUCUAAUAAACAGACACAAACAGCAGUGCCCAAAACCAAAAUGCAUUUGAAUUAAACUAGGCAGAGAGAGUGUGUGUACAAUUAGUACUUAUUCUCUAGCAGUACAAAUUAAAGCUCUUCAUACUGUAAUUCUUCUGUCUCUUUCUCAUUAGAAAAUUCAGAUAGUGUUUUUGGGGCAUAUUUAAGCUACUAGAUUGAACAGUCAAGUUAAAUUCUUGGUUCCUAAAAAAAUGAUACGGGAAGAAAGUUAAGUGCAGUUAUUGGUAGGCAGUGCUUUCACCUGGUUUGUAAGGCAGUGAUAUGCUUACACCCUAAAGGAUCUGAGCCCAAGAGCAGCCAUCUCUCCUGUUGUAUUCUCCAGGAACUUCACGUGCUCCACACCUUGGGAGGGCCAACUGCUGGAGCCUGCUGAAACACAGGAGCAGCACAGCAGAUUGCACACAGCAGCCUCAGCUCUGUGCUCAGAAUGACGACUCUAUAAUGCAGGAGUAGUGGCUGUCAGUCUGGGCAGCAGGCAUGCUUUGGCCCUGUGAAGAUAAGGGCUGCUCAGAUGGUGCACACUUAUCACUCGGCUGCUCCCAGGGGUGAAGGCCGCCAUGUGUGAGUGAGAAGAGCCAGGGCUCUGCCACUGCCCCCCCAGCCCCUGGAGCUGUCACCUGUCCCAGCCUAUCCUCCUCUCACAGCUUAUAUGGGCACGGCAGAAUGGCAUCUCGUGACGCCGUGCUGCUAAAAACAGCCCCGGCUCCCUCCGGCCCCUCGUUCAAACAAUGUCCUCCAGUGAGCGAAGCCCGGAGAGCCUCUGAUCGCACCGGAGCCUUGGAUUUAUUUCAAGGAAAAUUCACCCGGAAACCGAGCAGUGACGCCGUGAUCCUGAGCAUAUGCCCCUGGAAAAGCUAGGGAUGAGCACCUCUCUGGGCUACAAGUCCUUCUCCAAAGAGCAACAGACCAUGGAUAACCUGGAGAAGCAGCUGAUCUGCCCCAUCUGUUUGGAGAUGUUCACCAAGCCGGUGGUCAUCCUGCCCUGCCAGCAUAACCUGUGCAGGAAAUGCGCCAGUGAUAUUUUCCAGGCCUCGAACCCCUACCUGCCCACCAGGGGAGGCACGACCGUGGCUUCGGGAGGCCGGUUUCGCUGUCCUUCCUGCAGACAUGAAGUGGUCCUUGACCGGCACGGCGUGUAUGGGCUGCAGAGGAACCUGCUGGUGGAGAACAUCAUUGAUAUAUACAAGCAGGAGUCCACAAGGCCUGAAAGAAAGUGUGACCUGCCAAUGUGCGAAGAGCAUGAAGAUGAGAGAAUCAAUAUCUAUUGUUUGAACUGUGAAAUACCCACUUGCUCCUUGUGCAAAGUCUUUGGUGCCCACAAAGACUGUCAGGUUGCACCUCUCACAAACGUUUACCAGCAACAGAAGUCCGAGCUGAGUGACGGCAUCGCAGUCCUGGUGGGCAGCAAUGACAGAGUGCAAGGAAUAGUCACACAGCUGGAGGAGACCUGCAAGACAGUUGAGGAAUGCAGCAGACGACAGAAGGAGCAGCUGUGUGAAAAAUUUGAUUAUCUCUAUUCUGUACUGGAAGAAAGAAAAAAUGAGAUGACACAAAUAAUCACUAGAACCCAAGAGGAGAAACUGGAACAUGUCCGCUCCCUGAUGAAGAAGUAUGCAGAUCAUUUGGAAGCUGUGUCUAAGCUGGUUGAGUCGGGAAUCCAGUUCAUGGAAGAACCAGAAAUGGCUGUGUUUUUGCAGAAUGCAAAAACAUUGCUCCAAAAAAUUACUGAAGCAUCUAAAGGAUUUCAGAUGGAAAAAAUAGAAGAUGGGUAUGAAAAUAUGAACCAAUUCACAGUGAAUCUCAGUAGAGAAGAAAAGAUAAUAAGAGAAAUUGAUUUUGAUAGAGAGGAGGAGGCAGAAGAGGAAGAGGAGGAGACAGUAGAAGGGGAAGACCUGGAUGAAGUCCACACAGAGUCAUCAGGAGAGGAGGGGGAGGAAGAAGAGAAGGAGGAAGAGGAAGGAGCUGAGAGAGCAGCACAGCCAUCUCAGCAGGACCCUGAACCGCAGAGUGCAGUGGGUGAGCCCGCAGCCGAACCUGUCCCAGUGCCGCUGCCCGCUACCCCGGCUGGCCAGGAUGAGGUUGUGACACCAAGUGGUUCUCAACAGACUGCAGAGUCUGACAGUCAAGUGCCACCUGCGGCAGAAACCAUCGAUCCCUUAUUUUACCCUAGCUGGUAUAAGGCUCAGCCACGGCCAGCAAGCAGCCCGAGCUCAGCCCCAGAGAGUGGGCUGGGGAAAGUUUCUCCAGAAACAAGUGCAAAGAAGGCAGAAGCCUCUGAAGUGCCAGCAGUGGAGGAGAGCACACCAGGGAGUGGUAAGGAAAGUAAUGCCACUGCGGAGACAUCCAAGGUCAGUGCCACCGAGGUCAGCCCAGAGGGUUGUGAUGUGCCGCAAGGCGGGAGCGGCAGCUGCUAAGGAAAACCUGACCUCAUUUUCUUCUGCAUGUUAAGAAUAAUCGGAGAAAUAUGGAAACGGCCCAAAUGGUCAUUUUGGCCAAUCCCCUGGAUUUACAGAUGAUUGGAAGAUAUGACAGGCUGUUUGUCAGCUGCAGAGCGGCAUGCCAGCAGUUGUUUGUGCUUAGCUGCCAGUGGACCUAAUCGGAGUGGCUUAUGCACAUGCUGCCAGAAGAGCCAUGAUGCUUCUGCCCAUAGAUGCUUGCAUGUGUUAGUAGCUGACAAAUCCCAUGCACAAGAUUAUUCUUGUCACCUGUUGGAAGCCUGCGUACAUCUUGUGUAACACCAGUGGCUAAGCAGCUGUGGCUUGGCUUUGCCUUUUGCAGCUUGGUGGCUGCAGGUGGGGUGUACAGCUUUUCCCUGCAAACACAAAGCCAUGCAAACACUCAGUGCCUUCUUGUGUGCUUGAUUGGCUCUCAAUAGGCUGUAUGAUUUACUGGGUUCAGAUCUGUUGCAGGGGGUU